GCGAUGCACGCACGAGGUAAAAUAGACGAAUUGAUAGCUUUAGGGGCUGCUGCGAAGUCGGAAUGUCGAAAGAGUCAUUGUUUGGGAAACGCCCUUGGGUUUGAUGUCAACCCGUGGGUCAAGGGUGAUGCUCGGAUAAUAUUUCCGAAGGUGUGUACGAUGAAAAAUGAACUCACGUCCAUCAGGAAUAUCAAACACCGUGUGGCACGCGCAAUCGUUCACAUGGAUUACAGUGCACGGGAUCUGCCCACGCAGGACAGCCCGGAAUUCUUACGUAGCAAGCGCGAUACUUGCGAGUUGAUGGUAAAGGAAGGAACGUCUAGGCGCAGCUUAUCUGCCGCUGGCCUAACGCCACCAUGUCCAAUGUACCAGAUUUGGUGGAGAGAAUCAGUGCCGUGCGUUCUUCCAGGAGAGGGAUCUGCGCGCCAUGAUAGUGCCGGGAAGUCGCUUUGA